AUGCCUUAUGUAUUUUCUGCUAUAGGAUACGUUACUGAAGCGAAUACUAUUUCUGCUAGUAGUUCUAACUUUACUUUCAUUACAAAUGGAAUAAUUGCAUAUAAAAGACCUCAAGAAGUUUUUGUAUCAUUACAAUGCAAUGUACUAUCAGCCCCAGUUGUUGAAGACAAUAAUAUCAUGUUCAAAUUGCAAGCAUUAGAAUUUAAUGGAAAAAAUCGUACAGAAAUUCCAAUAACAUGUGUUUAUUCUACACAAAAUUCAAGAAUAAUGAACAAAUUACAAAAAGGAAAUAAAAUUAAUAUCAUAGGAAACUUGAUCAAAAAUGAUGAAGAAGUUAUUGUUUUAGAUAACUAUAUUGUAUAUGUUAAUAAUGCAAUUAAUUUCUCAUCUAUGGAAAAAAAGGAUCUCAGCAAAAUUCUAUGGUUAAAUUUGUCCAGUCUUAAAAAGAUAACUCAUAAAAAUCAGUUACAAAUAAGUAAUGAUUUAUCUGAUUUAUUAAUGAUUGUAAAGAAGAAAAAACUAAUGAAAUAG